CUCAGCCGGGAAAGGAGAGCUAUACUCCAUAUACAACUAUACCGAGCGUAAAGGAGAGAUGACAACCAGCGCCAUGGCGCACAACAUGGGGAGACACUCGAGUGCCAAGGAGGAGAGAAAGUUGCGCAAACCGCUCAUUGAGAGGAAAAGACGGGAGAGGAUUAAUAACUGCUUGGAUCAGCUGAAAGAAACGGUCGUCGGGGCGUUCAGUCUUGACCAAUCGAAACUUGAAAAGGCGGACAUUCUAGAGAUGACAGUGAAACAUCUGCAGAAUGUUCAGACACAUAAAUUCAGUGCAGACCCCACCUUAGGCCUGGAAGCACAGCAGAAGUACAGCACAGGCUACAUCCAGUGCAUGCACGAGGUCCACAACAUGCUGCUCAGCUGCGAGUGGAUGGACAAAACAUUGGGCUCCCGCCUGCUCAACCACCUACUCAAAUCCCUGCCCCGCUCAAGCGAAGAGCACCCCUCUCAGGCCAACCCCAACCUCAGGCCCGACGCCCCCCCACCCAGCCAGGGGCCAGGAGCCCCCACUACACCCAUCAGAGGGGACCCCAGGUCUGGGAGGCAGGGCCAGAUGGAGGGGCCACUGUGCCAUGUGGUGGGGCCCCAGGACAAGCCCCUGCUCCUGCCUGGGAGUCCCCACCUGGGCAUGCUGGAGAUGUGGAGGCCCUGGUAAACUAAACCGUCCCUCUGGGUGUGUUCUGGAUCCCCAUGUUAGACCCUCCUCUGUUAUGUAUCUUAUAGAUAUGCUACUCAGAAGACAUUGUUUUGGAUUGUGGGGCGGUUGUGUUUCUGAUCUAGGUGUGGUAUAUAUCUAGGUGUGGUAUAUAUCUAGGUGUGGUAUAUAAACAGACCUCUCAGUACUUCCUCUCCGAAGUCGACUUUCCGUAGCCUGCAUUGUAGAAGGCUCUUAUUCAUCUUUUUCUUGUAUUUAUUGUAUUAACAUCUUUAUUUAUUGAAUAAUAAGAUAAAACAUGUAGGUUCUUAGCUGUAGUCACAAAUAGCUUUUGUACUCCUCCCUUUGUUUUAUAUUACUA